AUGUCGUGGCUACGUUCGGUUGGCAAAGGAAAACUGGGUCGUCAUGAGCACAAAGCACCCUUGAGUACACGCCUCAGAGACUGGACCGGCAUGCUCCGAGAUGAGACCAAGUUUUCAGAAGGGUUUCUUGACCAGCUGACCAUCCCGGGCGAGCUCUCUGCCAUGGCAUUUGAGCCGGGGAUCGGACUCCUAGCGGUCGGCACGUCGUGCGGCACAGUGCAUGUGUUUGGCGCGCCUCCUGCGCGCAUUUCUAUUACACUGCGUCCCGCCUGCCGAGUCAAGCAUCUCUUGUUCAAGUCGGACACGUUUCUUUUGAUUUGUAUCGACGAAAAGGACAAUAUCAGCAUUUACGACAUGUCGCGUCGUGAUCCACAUGGUGCGGCACUUCGCCACGAAGGGCAUGGGCCGCGUCGAGCGCCGCCUACGGCGAGUGGUACCGCAGCACAGGCUUCGCAGCUUGCGGAUGCGCCCAUGCGUGUAGCGACGCAUUGCGCAAGAAACGCUGUGCUCUGCGCUGAAGUCACCGCCUCACACAGCCACAUGUUUUUGGGCCUUGCAGAUGGCACGGUCGAUGCGUACGAUCUGGAGCGAUUCAUCAUAUCGCCCUACCGCGUCUCCAACCUGUGGUGGCCUGUAGAGGAAGCGCUGCGCCGCACCGCCUCGCCCGUAGCGCCGAGCCGUUUGCAUGUGCCGCUAAUUAUCGAUAUCAAGACAAAUCCACGCGAUAUGAAUUUGCUGCUGCUGUGCUACGAAGGCGGCGCGGUGCUCUACUCUGUGCGCGACAAGUCGGUGCAGAUGACCUACGAACUUCACUUGCUGCCCGGCGCUCCUGGACCAGAUCCCCGUGCGCCGUUUGAAGAAAUCUGGAAAGAGCGCUUGUGCCCUGCUACCUCUGUUGCAUGGCAUCCAGAUGGCGCCGUGUUCGUGAUGGGCCACGAAAAUGGUGCUCUCUCCUUUUGGAAUGCCAAGGACGAGGAUAAGCCACUGGUCGUGCGCACGCUCGAUCAGACAGACAUUGAGCGCCCCACAGCACCAGAAGAUACGGCCGCGCUGCCUUCGUUUGGGCCGCGCGAGCCCGUGUUCAAGCUCGCGUGGUCUGCCUUUCCCGCACAAGGUUGGGCGUCGUGGGGCGCCGCGCAGGAAUCUGCGAAAAAAGACGCAGACGUGGCGUCUGAUACUGUGCUCACUAUGAUGGGCGGCUCUGCACAGGGCACUACGUCUUCCAUGUUGCACACAUUUCACAUGUCACCCAUGCCCGGUGCUCUUCUCUGGACAAGCCGCACGCCAGAAGCAGCGCACAAGGCGCGCGUUGCUCUACAGCAAGUGCUUGUGCCUGUCAAAAUUUCUGCGUACCAUGCUUCUGCAACGAUUGAAGACUUUGUCUUGCUGCCAAACCUUAGCCCGCACUGCGAUGGCGCAUACGAUCCCUACGCAGUGGUCGUCAUGGUCGGCAACGACGAGCGCCUGCCCAUGAUUGCGGCGCAGUCUGCGCACCGCGGUGUGGAAUCCUUCUCUUUCCCGCCCCGCCCCGGCGCAGAACACGAAUACGAGCCGCUGCACCUUCCUUUGCCCCUCGCAUUUAUUGGGCGCGGUACUGUGCUUGGAUCCAAGCUCCAGAGCGUACCGAUUGCUGCCUAUCGAAAAUUGCUGCACGGCGCACAUGAAGAGAUUCCCAAAGGCUCUGUGAGCGACGAUGUGCUGAUGGGCGGAUAUGCUACGCCCUACAUUGUUGGCGGUACGUUAGCGCAUGCGGAGGGCAUUGCACGCCAAGGACAACCGCGCAUCCUUGUUACAUGGCACCUGGAUGGAACGCUCCGAUUCCACGAUGCGAGCCCACACCUUCUGCUCAUGGGCGAGGCUAAUCCGCGGCGCGGUGUGGUGCUGCGCAAGCCAUUUCCCAUGCCUCUUCCCCACCUCACGAUUUCCGUCCGCCAAGCGCUGCUCGACCCAAGUCUGGCCGGACUGCCGUCCCUGCACUCUUUGCGGCGGCACCCCGAACAAAUCCAGAUUUGCGAUGCGCACAUUGCGUGGGACGCUGCUGAAGCCGCUGCUCAGCUUGUCUCUGGCCAAAUCAUGCAUAUAGCGUUUGCGACGGACACGGUGCUCGGCAGCCCGCAGCUAAAGCAGGAUCCCACAGCGCUUGCAAACGAUAUACAGGAUAUGUCGCUCGAUGCUUCCGCACCACUCACAGAGUUCACGUCGCUGGAGAGCGCGGUCAAUCCUACUAGUGUUGGGUUCAAACCCGCCGCUUUGAUCCAGCUCAUGCCGGGCAUCCCUACGUGCAGCGCACUGUGCGACGCUGGGCUGCUCGCACUUGCGUCCGGCGCUCUGCUUGUCGUUGCCGACUUGCGCGGACAGGAUGUGGUAGUGCGCGCAGGAUUUGGGGCGGGCGAUUACUUCUCACGACAAAUUGGCGCUGCAGAGGACAAGAUUGUGGCGGAAGAGUCGAAGAGUGCGAUUACCUCGCUUACGUUUUCCGUGUGCCGCACGGAGAAAGAUUUCAUUCUCGCGCCGCGGCUCUUGGUGGGGCGUGCAAAUGGAUUCGUGACUGUGUGGACGUUUGAGCACGGGAGCAUGGACUCUUGGUUUGGGUUCCGCUCCGAUUCCGUGCGCGUGGAAGUGAAGGGACACCACUUGUACAGUGCUGUGCUCGAUCCAAUAGGGCAAGCGGCUGGUAUGACAUCGGAGGAUGUCCAGCGCGCGCACAUUGAACAAGAAAGUGUACAAGCAGGACUUGCACAACUAGACGAUACGUCGUUCAACAUAUUGGCGUACGUAUCCGAGCGCCUCGUGGUGCUACACGACCAGAUCACUGGCGCUCGCAUUGCGCGCGCUGAGCUUCCCGAAAAUGCGCUCGCCGCCCAUGUCGUGUGCAAAAAUAAUGCGCGCGUGCUCAUUGCCGUUUCGACCAGCAGCAUUGUUGCCAUGUCGUUGCCGAGGCUCGAUGCCGUGCAUCGCAUCCAGCGACACGUCCCGUCGACCCAGGAAGUAGUGGCUAGCACGCCGCAGAUCAGCGUCGACGUGCAGGGCAACUUUGUCGAGCUCAGCGAUGGGCAGCAGCUCCGGCUGUGGACUGCUUUUGCGACACUGCCCCAUGGCGAGCCGCCGAUUGUGUGCAUGUACACACCGCGGACGCUGCCCUUGGCGCCGGGAGAGGGCGCCGGCGGCUAUAUUGCAAGCCUCGGGGGGUGGCUCGGAACGACAGUUGCCACGCCGCUUUCUGCUGGCGCGCAGCUUGACGCGGUGAUCGCAGGACCGAAGCGCAUGGCGCUGCCCAAGCUGCCGCCGCAGAUUGGCACGUCGGUGGAAACGCGCGAGGCAACGAGUGUUGCACUGCCAGAAAUGCCGGGCGCUUCCAAUGCAGAACAGUCGGGCGACGCAGUACAAGGGAAAGGCUGGUUCGAUGGUUACGCCAAAUCGAUCUCCAAGUAUACCUCGGGCUCGCUUCGGUCGCAAGCAUCGCUGAAUAUGCAGUUAUUGCAUAAACGCGAUGCAAUUAUUGCCGAUGUGGGUGAUGGUAUUGCAGACUUGGAGCGCAACGCGUCCAACUUUUUCAAGCAAACGCGAAACUCGGCGUUCAAGGCCGCCGCCAAGGAGAAGAUCUAUUCGUACUUGUAG